GGCGCGGCCCCAGGCAAUCGAACCGGCGGGCGGCCCCCCCUCGAUAACUUGUGCGCGGAUCCGGUGACGCGCGUCCGCGGGCCAGUAACUGACGCACGGCCGACGCGAUUCGGACCCGGAGCGCAUUUCAAACGUGUUUCGAACGCGGUGUCGGUUCGUGCACCAUUCGCUCGGAUCUCGCCACUCGUUAAGAACAUCGCACGCACGCACGCGUCUUUACAGGACACCUUGGCCGCGCGCAUUUGUGCGCCAUUGCCGCGCGUCGUGCCGCGACCACGUCGAAAAUGAGCUCGUGCACCAAGGAAACCCUCUACCAAAAGCUGAGUAGAAAAAAAGCUUACGUAGAAGAGAUCGGUGUAGAAGGAAAUGAAAAAUUUAAACGAGUGCUGAACAUUUUCGAUUUGACUGCUCUGGGAACGGGUUCGACACUGGGAUGUGGUGUGUAUGUAUUGGCCGGAACAGUGGCCAAAUCCGUUGCCGGUCCAGCAGUGGUAUUGUCUUUCAUAUUAGCCGCAACGGUGUCUUCGUUUUCAGGAGUUUGUUAUGCUGAAUUCGCCGGCCGAGUGCCCAAAGCUGGAUCUGCGUAUAUUUACAGCUACGUGGCCGUAGGAGAGUUUAUUGCGUUCGUUAUCGGCUGGAACUUGUUGCUAGAACAUACGAUAGGCACCGCUGCUGUUGCGAAAGCGAUGAGUAACUAUUUAGAUUCUUUACUCGGAGACCCGCAAAAAAAGUUUAUGAAAAAACAUUUUCCGAUACACAUGGAAUUUUUGGGCGAAUAUCCAGAUAUUGCGUCUUUUCUGUUUAUCAUGAGCAUCGCCUUGGUUGUAGCUUGGGGUGUUCGGAAAUCGUCAUCUCUCAAUAACCUUUUCACCUCAUUGAAUUUAUUGACUGUAUGCACAGUUAUUGUCAGUGGAUUUUAUUUUGCAAAUUUGUCCAAUUGGUUUAUUCAAAAAAAAGAUAUUCCACCUGAAGCAAAUGGAGGCGAAGGUGGAUUUUUACCAUUUGGCUGGACAGGAAUGGUCGCAGGAGCUGCGAGAUGUUUUUACGGUUUCAUCGGAUUCGAUUCAAUCGCUUCAACGGGCGAAGAAACAAAAAAUCCAAAAAGAACGAUACCACUGGCUAUUGUUUUGACGUUGUUUUUUGUGACGUUAGCGUAUUCUAGCGUAGCGUCCGUAUUAACUUUGAUGUGGCCAUAUUAUGAUCAAGACCCAAAUGCACCUUUACCAGUCAUUUACGAAAACUUGGGAAUGCCUUUGUUGAAAUAUUUGGUUACAGGCGGCGCAGUGUUCGCUCUUUUUACCACUUUAAUAGGGUGUUUGUUUCCAAUACCACGUAUUUUGUACGCGAUGUCCAGUGACGGUCUGUUGUUUAAAUUUUUAUCGACAAUUAACGAAAAAACAAAGACACCUUUUAUAGCUGCGAUCAUUUGUGGAGUCUGUGCAGGAUUACUGUCAACCAUAUUCAAUCUCGAGCAGCUAGUUGAUAUGGCAUCUAUUGGAACUCUUCAGUCGUACAUGAUUGUGUGCGUCUGCGUUUUAAUACUCAGGUAUAGUAAUAAUAAUGCAUGUAGCCAAGAAAUUGACGAUUCUGAGGUAUAUUCGUUUUCAAAAUGGUUUACCGUAUCGAGCAUGAGAAUGACGAAUAGUUACACCCAAUAUGUAUCAAGAGUGUUAAUUCUCUUAUACUCCGUUGCCGCGAGUGUGUUUUGCCUUUGCGUGGUAAACUGGAAUUACUUCGAUGGCACCGUUAACACCGUACUGAGCAUCACGAUUUUCGUUUCGUUGGUGAUCUUAAUAACCGCCACAAUGCUAUUACACCGGCUACCGCAAGCUGUUGAAAACUUAUCGUUCAAGGUACCGUUCGUCCCGUUCGUGCCCUGUUUGAGCAUAGUUCUGAACCUAUACCUAAUGAUGGAGCUGAACUUCAAGACGUGGAUAAGAUUUUGCGUAUGGUUAUUCAUCGGUCUAUUGAUAUAUGCUUUCUAUGGGAUUCGUCAUAGUUUAGAACGUGAAAAUAUUACAAAGAAAAAUAUCGAAAAUAAAGAAAUUAGCUGCGAACCAAAAAUCUCCAAUCAAUAGUACGAUAAAUAUAUAUUUAAGUUUAUUAAUUUGUUCAUACGAAAAAAAAACCACCAUCUUAUACAGUAUUAUAUUU